AUGGAACUUUUUAUUCCAUCCUCUGUGGUGCCCAUCGGCGGCAGAUCCCAGCCAUGGUUUGGUCGCUCCUGUAAAAUAGCAUCACGCUAUAAGCAGGAGUGCUACCGGGCCUGGGCUGAUGCAUCAACGUCUCGGGUUUUAAACACCAGCGCACUUAAAAAGAAGUAUAAUUCCGCCUCCAGGUCCUUCAAAAGCGUCAUUGCCAAGGCAAGGUCUGAGCACAUCGGCAGAAUUGGCGAGAAGCUAGUUCGCCUUCCUUCGGGAACCCGUGCAUUCUGGUCUCUCGCCAAGGCUGUCCAAGGGAACUUCUGUCAGCCAUCCCUUCCAUCUCUGCACAGAGAGGACGACUCACUGGCCCAUGCCGCAAAAGAGAAAGCCGAUCUGUUGUGCUCUCUUUUUGCGUCUAACUCGACCCUAGAUGACGGGGGGAACACACCGCCGACCAUCCCGCGAUGUGAGUGCUCCAUGCCGGAUGUUCGAUUUACACAGCGCUCGGUUCGCAAAGCACUCUUCUCCCUGGACGUUAGCAAGUCGAGUGGGCCCGAUGGAGUGCCUCCCAUUGUGCUGAAGACGUGUGCUCCGGAGUUGGCACCGGUUUUAACGCGUCUUUUCCGGUACUCCUACUCCCAAGGCGUAGUCCCGAAUUCAUGGAAGACAGCUUUGGUCCACCCGAUCCCUAAAAAAGGCGACCGCUCAGACCCGUCCAACUACAGGCCUAUCGCUAUCACCUCCUUGUUCUCCAAAAUAAUGGAAUCCAUUAUAAACUGCCAGCCCAUGAGAUGGGCGGAGGCAGUAGAGUCCAAGGGGGAGGCAUUGGCCGUUAGUUUGGACAUAGCGAAGGCCUUCGAUCGGGUCUGGCACAAGGCGCUUCUUUCGAAGCUUCCUUCCUAUGGGCUUCCCGAGAAAUUGUGCAAAUGGAUCACCAGUUUCCUUGCUGAUCGGAGCAUCAAGGUCGUAGUAGACGGUGCAUGCCCUGAUUACAAGCCUAUCAACGCUGGUGUUCCACAAGGCUGCGUGCUAUCACCAACGCUGUUUCUCCUGCAUAUCAAUGAUAUGUUGCUAACUGGUAGCAUUCAUUGCUAUGCAGACGACAGCACUGGGGAUGCCUUAUAUACCGGCCUUGCCAAUAUUUCUCGGGAAAACGUCGCCGAGUACCGGGACAAACUUGUGUCUGAAGUCGAGUCUUUGCUUAACAAAGUCUCGGAUUGGGGCCGACUAAAUCUAGUCCAGUUCAAUCCCCAGAAGACACAAGUUUGCGCGUUUACCGCUAAAAAGAACCCCUUUGUCGUAUCUCCUCAGUUUCAAGGCACUCCCCUUGCUGCCUCAGCCAGUAUCGGAAUCCUUGGCGUCGACAUAUCGAAUAGCGUGCAGUUUCGUGGUCACUUGGAAGGGAAGGCCAAAUUGGCCUCUAAAAAGCUUGGCGUGCUCAGCAGAGCGAGACAGUAUUUCAUGCCGGCACAUCGCUUGCAACUUUACAAAGCGCAAGUUCGGCCCCACAUGGAAUACUAUUCUCAUCUCUGGGCCGGGGCACCCCAGUGCCAGCUCCUUCCACUUGACCGCAUCCAGCGCAGAGCGACUCGAAUCGUCGACGACCGAGUUCUUUCCGAUCAGCUCGAUACACUGGCACUGCGUAGAGAUGUUGCAUCUCUUUGCGUAUUUUAUCGCAUCUAUCACGGGGAGUGCUCUGAGGAAUUGUUCGGACUAAUUCCAGCCGCUCAAUUUCACCAUCGCACGUCGCGACAAAACUCGCGUUACCAUCCGCACCAUCUGGAUGAUUGGCGGUCCACCACUGUGCGAUUUAGAAGAAGUUUUCUCCCUCGCACAACUUCUUUGUGGAAUCAAUUACCACCAGCGAAUUUUCCGAACCGAUACGACUUAGGAACCUUCAAGAAAAGAGCUUACACCUUUCUAAAAGGCCGGCAACGCAUCUGCAAUUCCCCUGGUGUUGCGGUUGUUCAUGGGCGGCGGUAG